GGGUGUCCCAAGUCCUUCUGCCUGGACAUCUGCUGGUGACACUUCUCCCUCCUGUUGCCUCCAGUGAAAGCCCCACCUUGCGGCAGGCAGAGCAGCUGGCCUGCCCUCCUGCCUGCACAGACCCUCAGCUCAGCAUGCAUCCCCCUGGCUUCAGGCUGUUGCUGGUCUCCUCCCUUCUCUUCGUUGGGCUGUCAGCUGCCCCUCAAAGCUUCUCACCAUCUCUGAGAAGCUUGUCCGGCGCCCCCUGCAGGCUGUCCAGGGCCGAGUCUGAGCGUAGAUGUCGUGUACCUGGGCAACCCCCAGGGGGUGCCCUGUGCCAUGACCGUGGCCGGUGCGAAUGCGGGGUCUGCAUCUGUCAAGUGACUGAACCUGGCACCUAUUUCGGACCGCUGUGUGAGUGCCACAACUGGAUGUGCCAGACCUACGACGGGAAAACCUGCGCAGGCCAUGGUACCUGUGACUGCGGGAAGUGCAAGUGUGAUGUGGGCUGGUCUGGGGAGGCUUGCCAGUACCCAACCAAGUGUAACCUGACCAAAAAAACCAGCAACCAGAUGUGCAGGAACUCUCAAGAUGUCAUCUGCUCCAAUGCAGGUACAUGCCACUGUGGCAGGUGCAAGUGUGAUAAUCCAGAUGGAAAUGGACUUGUUUAUGGCAAAUUUUGUGAGUGUGAUGACAGAGAAUGCAUAGAUGACGAAACAGAGGAAAUCUGUGGAGGCCAUGGGAAGUGUUACUGUGGAAACUGUUACUGCGAGGCUGGUUGGCAUGGAGAUAAAUGCGAAUUCCAGUGUGACAUCACCCCCUGGGAAAGCAAACGAAGAUGCACAUCUCCAGAUGGCAAAAUCUGCAGCAACAGAGGAACAUGUGUUUGUGGUGAAUGUUCUUGUCACGACGUUGAUCCAACUGGGGAUUGGGGAGACAUUCACGGGGACACGUGUGAGUGUGACGAAAGAGACUGCAGAGCUGUUUAUGAUCGAUACUCUGAUGAUUUCUGUUCAGGUCAUGGGCAGUGUAACUGUGGACGAUGUGACUGUAGAACAGGCUGGUAUGGGAAGAAUUGUGAGCACCCAAAAUCCUGCCCAUUGUCAGCUGAGGAGAGUGCCAGGAGGUGCCAGAGUGGCUCUGACCUGCCUUGUUCUGGAAGGGGCAAAUGCGAGUGUGGCAGAUGCACUUGUUACCCCCCAGGGGACAGCAGGGUAUAUGGCAAGACCUGCGAGUGUGAUGACCGGCGCUGUGAAGACCUGGAGGGUGUGGUCUGCGGAGGCCAUGGCACAUGCUCCUGUGGUCGUUGUGUUUGUGAGAAAGGAUGGUUUGGCAAGCUCUGCCAACACCCACGGAAGUGUAACAUGACAGAAGAACAAAGCAAGAGUUUGUGUGAGUCAGCAGAUGGCAUGUUGUGCUCAGGGAAGGGUUCUUGCCAUUGUGGAAAGUGUAUUUGUUCUGCAGAAGAGUGGUAUAUUUCAGGGGAGUUUUGUGACUGUGAUGACAGAGACUGCGACAAACACGAUGGGCUCAUUUGCACAGGGAAUGGAAUCUGUAGCUGUGGAAACUGUGAAUGCUGGGAUGGAUGGAAUGGAAACGCAUGUGAAAUCUGGCUUGGCACUGAAUAUCCUUAAUGAUUCUACGAGAGACAACUGGAUUCUUAUUUCUAGGCCAUUUUAGAAAUUUAGAGGAAAACGUGUAUACAGCAGUAGGAAAAACUAUUGUGUAUUUUUCUAUUUCUAACUGCCUGGGUGAAAUAUGGGUCUUCAUUAGAAACGACUUUAGCAAACUGAUGUAAACUAUACCAUGAAGAAUUGUUCUCCCAUAAUUAACAUCAGUGUUUCACAACUGAGGAGGACAAUUUUGCAACCCACAAGACAUUUGGCAAUGUCUACAGAUAAUUUUGUUAUCAUACUGGGUAUGGUAGGAGUCCUUGUGCUAUGAGCAUUUUAGAGGUAGUGACCAUAGACAAUGCUGAAAACUCUACAGAAAAUAGAAAGACCCUCACAGCAAAGUAUUUUCCGAUACCCAAUCUUUGCCAAUACGUAGUAAAAAAUGCUAAAUUGCAUGAUAUUUAGGACUCUACAGUCUGACACCACUGAAACACUGUAUCAGAAUAUAAGGAUGAUAUUUAUUCUCACAUAAACCAAUCAGUAGAAUUUUUCCAGAAUUCCAUAUGACUCUGAAUUUGCAUAUUGGGAAAAUAAUGACAGACACAUAUGACGUAUAAUGAUAGGUGGGAAUUUACCAGAUCAAAAGGGCUUUAUACUCACAAGAAUGUCUUACAGGAAGAAAUAAAAAAUGUACAAUUUGACAUUUUAAUAAAUAGUGACAUAAGUUUUUUUAUAUUCUGUGCCAAUAUCUAUUUAUGCACUGAAAACAAACACAACAUAAAAAUGAAUUGGAAUGCCCACUUUAGAUCCCAGGAACUAACAGGCCAUGUUUUUUAAGACUAGGCAUGGGUUACAUGUACAAGAAAUCUGGUUUUUAUUUAAAUUGAUUCAUAUAAUGUGUCCUCUGAAGAAAACAGUGUCUAGUUAGAAACACAAGGAUCCUCAUACUGCAUUCAUUGCUCUUAAAAGACUUCCUUUUCUUCAAAGAAGUGGCAGGGUCAAAAAGAACAAUACCUGUUUUAGAAGUUCAGAAAUGGACCCCAAAAUCUAGAAAUAGCUUAAAUCAAAAUUACAAAUAUUCACUCAGUGAUAGGAACAAAAUGUUUAUUUUCUUGGUGAAAUUUUGCUUUGUAUGAAACUCACAUUGAAUUAUGAAAAUGUACAAUAUUUGGGGUUCCCUUGCAUAUAUACAGUUAGAUCUACUUAUACACAUAUUUGAAGCAACCAUUAUUUAUAGCUAAAAAAAUACCUUUUUCCUAAAUGUGAAUUAUUUGUAAAAUCCUAAAAUAACAUAGCAAAAUCAUUUCUGUAUUGUUUUAAGAUGAAAUUUUACUUGCAAAUUUUAUAUUAAUAAUGUAAAUAUUCUAGAGUCAUGGCUUGGACUUUAUCAGUCAAGUCACCAAAAGUAAAGAAAACAUGCCUCCACUGUAUUACUUAAAAAAUUAAAUACUGAAAAGUAUUUGAAGAGUCAAUUUCACUGGUGCUGGUUUUUUUAGUAAUAAUAAGGUUCUGAGAAUUUAACCUAUUUAUAAAAUUGUUGCCUCUAUCCUGAGAUUAGGGGACCCAGCCACAUAGGUUUUAUUUCUAUUACUGAGCUGGCAAUCAAUGUCAGUUUUAUAAAAUGAAGAAAAUAUAAGGAGUUAAGGUAUAGUAUGGAUGAUUGCAUUUUUCCUCUUCUCUAUAUUUUCCUCUUCUUUAUAUACAUUUUAAGCCAAUUACAAUAAUUCAGUAGCAAUUCUGAUGAUAUGUUUGGUGAUAUCCAAAAUGAGACUCAAUGACCAUUCCCUCAUGGUACAAAGACCUUCUGAUUUCCCUACUGCAGGACUCAGCCUUCUCUAAAGGUGUGAACAAUGUAUAAUAGAUACUGGAUAAAACACUGUAGGAUUUUUCUUUAAUUGUUUAAUAUUUUAAAAUUGUAAUAAAUAAAAAUCCAUCCUGAGCCAUACAUAAACAGAUUGUGGGCUGACUUUAAUCACAGCUGUGUAUGAUAGUUUGCCAGACUUGCCCUUGGAAUUACCUCCUGGUGCCUUUCAUCACCCCAAGUGUGUGUUUUUUAAUUAUUACAAUUCUCUCUCUAGUUUUUAUCAUUUCUAUAAGUAGCUUCUACCACAAAAUUAUGUGGUGUUCUUCUUAAAUCUUCACAAGAAAAAGUGUUAAAACAUCAUUAGCAUAUAAGUGUUCUCAGAAUAGAGUUCAACAUUGGAGAAAUGGUAAUUCUAUGAAGAUCAAAACGUGUCUUAAAAAUUUAGAUAACAGGAAAGUAUGUUGUAGUUUGCCAUGUUCUGGAGUGUGUUAUUACAAAUUAUGGAAGGAAGCUAAUAUAUGUCUCACAGUAACCUAAACUCUAAUCAGUUUUUUUCUUAGAAAACUGACAUUAAAAAACCUUCAGUUUGUUUGCUGUAACAUGUGUGUGUAUGUGUGUGUGUGAAAAUCACACACACUUUUGUUUAAAAAAAUGAAAACAAAAAAACAUGGUGACAGGCAAAGACAUAAUAUAUCUCCUACCUUAAUUUGAUUCUGUACUUUGACUCCAAAAUAGAAAGUACCUCAUUGAAAAUGCUGAGCAAGGACAAAUUUUUAAUGAGUAGGAGAAAGUAAGCAAAUCUCUUUGGUUUGCUUGUGAUUUUCAAAAAUUACACGGGGACCCAUGAUAAUUGAAAAGGUGGCAUUAGGUUCACCAGUGGUGAUGAUUCUGAUCCUCACCGCACUUGUUUAACAAACCAUGAGUGGAGAAUCCUUCCAAAGGAAUUAUAAAAGUCAACAAAAGUCCUCAAGAUAUGAAGAGAACUAUUGUUCCUACUGCCUUUAAGAAAUCCUAAGUUCAUCUGGAUUCCAGCAGCACCAGGAAUGACUUACCUCUACCAGCUCAAAAACAAACUCAGCCUCACCAGCAGAUAUCAAGAUUAGACUAAAUGAGAACCAAGAACAAGAAAAACAAAAACUACAACAGUCUCAAUCUGCAAACUCAACUGUCACAACUUUGAAACCCACACAGUAUUCCACAUACUCACAUAGCUUUGUGUGUUACUUUUUAAGCCAAUCCUUGUGUCCUUUAUUUCAGAACAAUACAAUUUACAUUCUAUAUUUGACUAAAUCUGUACUUUAGAAAAUAAUUGGACAUUUAGCCUAAUUGUUUUUCUAUGAUAUGCCUGUUUUCUGAUAUAAAAUUGAAAAUCAUUUUAAA